CCCCAACUUGCGAGAGGGGUGGCUAGGCGUAAUCGCAUUUCUUCAAAAGGUAGAGAGAGCUCGCAAAUAUCUGCUGGACCAAUUCAGGGGUACGCACAUCUGUCGCCAUGGCAUCCAAACAACUUGAUGUGAUGCUCUAUGGGCUCGGAGCUAUCGGCUCCUUCUACGCCUUCAUCUUGAGUCGCAACCCCAACGUGAGGUUGACCGUGGUCGCGAGAUCAAACUACGAAGCCGUCAGUGCCAACGGCCUUUGCAUCAACAGCGAGAAUCACGGAAACGGACUAGCCGUCAAGCCUUAUAAGGUUCUUCGGACCCCUGCCGAGGCCAGCGCCAAGUUCGACUACAUAGUCUGCGCAAACAAGGCGAUCGGCCAGGGCGAGGUCCCCGCUCGCCUCGCGCCCGCCGUGGACGAGAAUAGGACGACCAUUGUGAUCAUCCAGAAUGGAGUGGGCAACGAGGAGCCGUUCAGGAACGCGUUCCCUUCCACCACUAUCAUUUCAUGCGUGACAUGGGUGGGCGCCCGACAGCACACGCCGGGCUUCAUCACGCACACAAAGUCCGAGGACAUGCAGGUGGGCCUGUUCCCCAACGCAUCGGCCGCGCCAGAGCGGGAGCAGGCGCGGCUGGACGAGUUCGCGGGCCUGCUGCGGACGGGCGGGACCGUGUUCCAGGUGGUGCCCAACGUCCAGGUGCAGCGGUGGGAGAAGGUGGUCUGGAACGUGGCGUGGAACUCGCUCACUACGCUGACUAUGCUGGACACGCACGCCUGGCUGGGCAGCUCUCCCGGCGCGACGCCCAUGACGCGCCGGCUCAUGGGCGAGGCCAUCGACGUGGCGCUGGCGCUGGGCGUGCCGCUGGACAAGGAGCAGCUCAUCGACCGGCUCAUGGGCAAGAUCCUGGCCAUGCCGCCAAUCUACAGCAGCAUGUACGAGGACGCAAAGCACGGCCGCCCCAUGGAGGUCGAGAUCAUCCUCGGCUACCCAGUGCGCAAGGGGAGAGAGCUGGGCGUCAGCAUCCCCACACUCGAGACCAUUUACACCGUCAUUACCGGGGUCAAUCUUCGACUGAUCAAGGCGGUUGAGAAGGCUUGAAACGCUGUGAAUGAUUUGGAUGGACUAGCUCAAGGGAGGGUUGCACGUUAUAGAUGAUAAAUUGCCACAUAGAUUAUAUCUCACGUACCUUGGAAGAUGGAAAGGCAUAUUCCUUCUACAACCCGAAUUCCUAUUUACCCUUGGCGACCUCUUUCUCAUUUUCGACAUCCCACCGAAGCCUGA